AUGGUCCAACUGAAUGCCGAGGGAAACGACAUCUGGACAGCGCACCCACGACUCAUCAUGACAUCGGCUACAGCAGAGCCGGAAAGCGGAAGGAAGAUAGUUCGGGUGUAUGACGGUUUGGGGGCUCCAUUUACGCUUCUUCUCUGCACACUUGCCCUAUUUGAUGUUGUCAAUGAGAAGCCGAUUGAUGAGGUAGCUCGUCGAUUCAGAAUCAGCCGUGGCACUCUUCAGACCCUUCAGCAACAAAGUGCCACUUAUGCCGCUAUGGUCGUCGCAUUUUGUUCUCGCCUUGGCUGGACUUACCUGUGUGACCUUCUCAAGGGCUUCGCUUCCCGGUUGGCGUUUGGAGUACGAAGGGAACUCACGGAACUUGUUUCCAUUGCAGGAAUCGAUGCCAGUCGAGCUAGAGUUUUUCACGAGCACGACAUCACCUCCAUGGUGGAGCUGUCGAACUGUACGACGAAGAAAAUCUCCGAUGUCUUGUCGUUAGCGGUACCAUUCAAUAGGUUCGCUCUUUAUACAUUCUUCAAUCGAGUUAAAGUUUAUUUGGACAUGGUUUGCUUCAUGACUUCAUAUAAUCCGGUCAUG